AUGCGAUCCUCAACAGAUGGCAACGCCGACGAGGUGUUGGCCGCUAUGGGCUACAAGAGUGAACUUCCUCGAAAUCUAAGCAUGAUGAGUAUCCUCGGCCUGUCCUUUGCCAUCAUGGCCGCCCCCUUCGGUCUCAGCACAACACUCUACAUCACACUCGCAGACGGUCUCUCCGUCACCAUCAUCUGGGGCUGGGUAUUUGUCAGUCUGAUCUCAAUCGCCAUUGCUGCCUCUCUCGCCGAGAUUUGUGCCGUCUAUCCAACCGCUGGAGGCGUCUACUACUGGAGCGCAAUGCUCUCCACCCGCAAAUGGGCCCCUUUGAUGUCAUUCAUCGACGGUUGGCUAACCCUAGUCGGGAAUUGGACCGUCACGCUCAGCAUCAUCUUCUCGGGUGGCCAAUUAAUCCUGAGUGCCAUCUCAAUCUUUGAUGAAUCCUUCGUCGCAAAUGCCUGGCAGACCGUCCUGAUGUUCUGGGCCGUCAUGCUCUUCUGUGCCCUAGUCAACAUCUUCCUCUCCCGCUACCUCGAUCUCAUCAACAAGGUCUGUAUUUUCUGGACCGCCGGCAGCGUCAUCAUCAUCCUAGUCACGCUCCUCGUGAUGGCUGAUGACCGCCGAGACGCCGAAUUCGUCUUCGCGCACUACGACUCCUCAACCAGCGGCUGGCCCUCUGGCUGGGCGUUCUUCGUCGGCUUGCUGCAGGCAGCAUACACCCUCACCGGCUAUGGAAUGGUCGCAGCCAUGUGCGAAGAAGUGCAAAACCCCCACCGCGAGGUCCCAAAGGCCAUCGUGCUCUCGGUCGUUGCGGCUGGAAUCACUGGUCUCUUCUACCUGAUCCCCAUCCUCUUCGUGCUCCCAGAUGUGAAGAUGCUGCGCGAAGUCGCUAACGGCCAACCAAUUGGCCUGGUCUUCAAGUCCGUGACUGGCUCCGCAGGCGGCGGCUUUGGUCUUCUCUUCCUUAUUCUAGGAAUCAUGUUAUUCGCCGGUAUUGGCUCGCUCACGGCAGCGAGUCGCUGCACCUAUGCGUUCGCUCGGGAUGGCGCCAUCCCGGGCUUCAAGAUCUGGCGAAAGGUGAACAAGAAGCUGGAUGUCCCAGUGUGGGCGAUUGUACUGUCAGCCGUUGUUGAUGGUCUCUUGGGUCUGAUCUACUUUGGAUCAACGGCUGCAUUCAACUCCUUCACCGGUGUCGCCACGAUCUGUCUGUCGACCUCGUACGGUCUCCCAAUUCUCAUCUCUCUGGUCCGUGGCCGGCAAGACGUGAAAUCAUCCUCUUUCUCCCUUGGGCGAUUUGGAUUCGCGAUUAACUGUAUCACUAUCGCGUGGAUCGUUCUGGCGGUCGCUCUCUUCUGUAUGCCUGUCACUUUGCCUGUCACCCCUGAGUCGAUGAACUACGCCAGUGUAGUUUUCGCUGCUUUUGCCGGUAUCAGUAUCUUCUGGUACUUUAUCUAUGCGCGAAAACACUUCACUGGACCACCAAUUAGUGGUGAGGAAGCGCGCGCCGCUACAGACCUGAUGACAGGGACGGCGGUGGACGCUGAGAACUCGCUAGAGGUGGUCAAGAAACUAUCAAGCGAAUAA